AAUCAGAAGUUAGGGCAUAUCGAGUACUGCCUUGAACAUCAAUCGUCAUAUGACCCAUUCUAUCGAGUCUGCAAAGCUUGGGCCAUAUUUGUCUGUGCUAAAAUAGUUUCGUGGAGUGAGUGUGUGCAGAUAGUCGUCACAGUUUUGGGACCUGUAAAUACUCCCACACUUCACAAUCAAAAUGACUGACCCAAACCCCAUCUAUGGACCCUUCUUUGGAGUUAUGGGGGCGGCGUCUGCUAUUAUAUUCAGCGCCCUGGGAGCUGCCUAUGGAACUGCCAAGUCAGGCACCGGUAUCGCCGCCAUGUCGGUGAUGCGGCCUGAGCUCAUCAUGAAGUCCAUCAUCCCUGUCGUCAUGGCGGGUAUCAUUGCCAUCUACGGGCUGGUCGUAGCUGUACUGAUUGCUGGAUCCCUGGAAGCGCCUGCCACAUAUCCCCUGUUCAGAGGGUUCAUCCACUUGGGCGCUGGACUGGCGGUAGGAUUCUCCGGCCUGGCGGCCGGGUUCGCCAUAGGCAUCGUGGGCGAUGCCGGCGUGCGCGGUACGGCCCAACAGCCGAGGUUAUUCGUCGGAAUGAUUCUUAUCCUCAUUUUCGCUGAAGUGUUGGGUCUAUACGGUCUCAUUGUAGCCAUCUACCUCUACACGAAACAACAGUAAACACUUACUCGCACACUCCAUUCACCCGUGCCCCGGAGCUCUAUGCCUCUAUGUGAUCUAUGCUCAUUACAAAUAUCUCGCGCACAGGGGACGUCGUCGCCGGUAGCGGCCCCGCAUAGCGCCCCGUGGCACACCAAUUCUGUAUAGUAACCUGUUGAACCUCCUCGCUUAGCUAAACUCCAUAUAAAACUGCAGGAUGAAAACUGCAGUUGUAUAGUUCAUACGAGAGUACAACCACCGUCGUGGUUGUGCUGUGGUACGAGUUUUGCUUGGAACAAUCGCUCGCCAUCUCCGGCCCGAUGCGGACUUGAUGCUGCGUUCGUAUCUAGCCCCGAGACGCGAUCUGUGUAAAAUAAGUUCUUUUUUAAUCAUAAAUUUUAUAACGAACACGAAGUUUGUUCUCGAACGUAUCAUAAUCAUGGUUGACGCUACCGCGCGAUGACGGAGUUAUUUAUUAUUUAAUUUAGUUCCCGCUAUCUCUUGUGUUACGGUGACUGGAGUAACUUCACCUACAUAUCGAUAUUUGUUGCGCGUGCUGCCAUCCCCCGCGAUCGAACCGUUACAUCUGACGAUAUCAAUUUUAGAUUAUUUUAGCGUUAAGGCGAAACUAAUGUACAGUUAGAGUAGAAGGUUAAGUCCAAACGAUUUAUCUUAAAUAUAAUUUAUGAUCCGUUGAAGCCUGCAGGGUACUGUGUACCGACGACUAUCUAUUUGCUGAGAGUUUGUUUGAACCUGGCUUAGCGUAUACAGCUUUCAGUGUUGUUGGGUGUACUUAUCCAGAACUACUUGUACUGUUUUACCUGUAUUUUGUACCUAUGCUGUUUGUCGUGACUUACUAAAUUAUUCCAAUGCGAGUCGCGAAAAAAAUGUAUUUGCCAGGGAUCAGUUAAUAAACAUGAUUUGUACAUUCCAUAUUAUUUUGUUUCUACUUGUUUGUGUGUUUUAUUUUCCUUGUGGAUCUACAUAAUAUGAGCGAACAAGAUACUUUAUAUAUUUAUUAGGAAAGGGGCGUAUGCUGCAUGACAUUGCGCAAGUCUUGUAUUAAAUUUAAUCUAUUGAGAUAUAAAUAUAAUAUUGAAAUGCGUUUCUGACGACUUACUAUGUGAAAAUAUAUUUCAAAAUAUUUUUAUUAUGUAUACCUUGUAGUCAAAAAUAAUAUGAUGUUUGAAUGAAUAUAAAUUGGUAAGUAAAAUAAAUACAAAUAGGUGAAAUUGUAUUAUUUUAGGUUCCAUGUUAGAGAAUGUUAUAAUCUUCGGUGUUAUUGAAUGAAUUGUGUUAAUAAAAUAUUUUGAAAAGUACUGUAAAUUAUGAA